AUGGACGCCGUCAACAAGGUCGUCAAUGCGGCCUCGACCGCUCUCUGGGGUGACCCCAACCCAUCGCAGACCGUGGCGCAACAUGGCGAAGAACCCAUCUCCGGCGUGCAGGGCCAGGGCGGCGCCCUGGAUCCCUAUGACGCCGGGAACCGCGAGGAACAACCCGGUGCCCCCGCCACCGAGAUCAAUACGACCACCACGCCCCAAGAUCCCAAACUUGAUAACAGCACCAACAACAACAGCAGCAGCAGCAGCAGCAAUAGCACUUCUUCGACAUCACCAGAUUCACAAGCUAAAGCUGCACCAGCAUCAUCAUCCGAAUCGGCUUCUUCUUCCUCCUCUUCUUCCCCCAAUUCCAACCAAGCAACCAACACAACCACCUCCAACUCCCACCCGGACCAACCCAUGUCCGCCCAAGCCGGAGGCAGCAGCACCAGCGCCAAGUCGUCCCCCGCAGGCUCCGAGCAGCGCAGCACCGACGCCCUCAAUGGCGCAAACAGCGAGAUGUCGGGCUCUGCAUCCGAUGAUGGCCCAGUGAAAGUGAGCGAGGAGACGCUCAAGGGCCCGCAGGGACCGCCGCCGCGGCCGGCGUAUGAGUUUGAGAAGGAGAUGGAGGGGAAGGCACCUGCGAAGGAGGAGGGGGGUGAGUUUUCUUUCUUUCUUUCUUUCUUCUUUCCGCAACUUAACUAA